AUGGCAGAGUCCUCGGAGUCUCCCGCGCCGCAGAGGCGACGCAUCCCCGGCCUACCCAACCCCGUGCUUGCCGCAGCGCAAGAGAAAUGGAUAUUCACCGACGAAGAGCUCGAUCUUACACCCUCGCGCUUUGACAAGAUCGAACGAGAAACGGAAGACUAUCUCCGGCAUCGCUCAGUCGAAUUCAUUUGGCAGGUCAGCCUGAUGCUCAGACUGUCUUCGCAGACCUCCAUGACGGCUACGGUCCUUAUGCACCGGUUCUUGAUGCGAUAUUCUUUGCGCGGCCACUUUGGCCCGGAAAAGGCGCCAGAUCACAUGCAUCCCAAGGUGAUUGCAGCGGUGGCGCUUUUUGUCGCAUUCAAAGUUGACGAAGACAUACGGCGAAUGAAGGAUUUUGUGAUCGCAUGCUGCCGCGUGGCGAUGAAGCAGCCAAAGAUGGUGGUUGACGAGCAAUCCAAGGACUACUGGAGAUGGCGUGAUCUGAUUCUGCAGAACGAGAGUGUCAUGCUCGAGUUCCUUUGCUUUGACCUGCAGCUUCAAUCUCCCUACCGCGUGCUGUCGGAGUACAUUUCGUUCUUCGGCAUCCAGGAUAACCGACCGCUCCGAAAUGCUGCCUUUGCUUUCCUCAAUGACUCUACCUACACCGUCCUCUGCCUCCAAUAUCCUCCCCGCGUCAUGGCCGCUGCAGCCCUCUAUGCCGCCGCUCGACACUCGCAAGUCGCUUUCCCGGACGACUCUCAAGGCCGCCCAUGGUGGGAACACAUCGACGUGCGCGUCGAAGACCUCAUCAAGGCUUGCAAAAUAAUUGUCAAGAUCUACGAACGUGUCCAACAAAACCUUAGCAAAGGCUACCCGGUGUUUACCUUCUCCGACUCGGACCCAACAGAUCCGACUCGCCUAUUCAACAGCAAUCCAGCCUCCUCCUCCUUUGAACUCACCCCAACACCUUCCUUGACUACCCCAGCUGGUGACCCCGGCUCACCAAAUGGCCGAAAGCGCUCUCGUGAGCCGGACUCUAACCCCCCAGAUGUUAAGCAAGGUACUCCGGCUCUAACAAGCCAAUCACUAGACGCUGAGCGUUCUCCGAAGCGCCAGCGCACGAUUUCUCCCGCACCAGGCACAACACCUGCCGAGCAGCGCGAACCCCAGGCCCAGGCCCAGGCUUCAGCACCACCUCGUCCGCGUAUUCCGCGGCAGGCCAUGGCCACAAAUAAGCCCCACAAGCCUGCGUAUGCGAGGCCCGGGCCAGACACAGAAAGAGAAACGCCUGCGUCAUCAAAUAAAUCGUAUACACCCAAUGGCCGGGACCACUCUCACGAACCAGAGCAUCGACCGCAAGAUCUGAAGCAAAUCACACCGGCACAACCAUCUCAACCCCUUGACACUGAACGUUCUCCAAAUGGUCAGCACACUGCUACUCCCGUGCUGGACCCGCCAAAAGAUGAAGGAGGCGGCAGUGAGGAAGGGGAGGUGUAA